AUGGAGAUCGAAGCAGCCGUGGCUGAGCAAAUUGCGGAGUGGACCACCACCGAUUCGGCUGCAGCCGCUCCUCCGGAGAUCGGCGCUACGCGCAAGAUUAAGGUGGGCGAUAACGUCAUUUUGUGCCUGAAUGAAGACAAAUUCAUUUUUGCCCAGGUCCAACCCACCGGGACGGUGAACGUGAACAAGAAGCGGUAUCCGCUGAAGACGCUCAUCGGCGCACCCUAUCGCUCCAUCUGGGAGGCGCCACGAAACGGCAGGGACUUCCUCCCGCUCAAGGAGAAGCCCCGCAUUCAGGACAUCAGCGACGUCAACCCCACAGAGGACGCUGAUAUCACGACCGACAACAGAGAUCUGGUGGACAACAACCUGAACCAGAAGUUGACGCAGCAGGAGAUCGUGGCGAUGCAGGACACGGGCGCCAGCGGCGAGACCAUCAUCAAGGCCCUCAUCCAGAACUCGGCCUCGUACCAGAGCAAGACCGAAUUCUCCAAAGCCAAAUACCUCAAGAAGAAGGCCAAGAAACACAUCCUGGUGCUCGAAGUACUUGAACCGUCGCUGGACAACAUCAUCGCCGCAUACUUUAACCGCAAGCCCUCCUCCGUCUGUCACAUGCGAGUCGACAGCCUCGCGCGUCUGCUGACGUUCUCGGACGCCCGUCCGGGCUCGAACGUGCUGGUCAUCGAAUCCUGCAAGGGCAUCGUCACCGGCGCCAUCGCCGAACGUGUCGGAGGUCAUGGCAAGGUGGUGUCACUGCACAUCCAGGGUCGAUCCAACGUGUCGGCCAUCGAUCUGUUCAACUUCUCCGAUGAGGUGCAGAAGUCGAUACUCCACGCUCCGCUCUCCUCCCUGCGUGAGAUCUACCGCGCGCUCGGCAACAAGGCGGCGGCGGCGGUCGAUAGUGCCGAGGCCGCGUACCCACGUGAACCCUUCUUCGCUCCGCUGGAUCAGCUCAAGGAAGUCUUCGCCCAAGGCUUUGACAGCCUGGUGAUUGCGGUGAAGGCCGUGCCUGCGCCGUUCCUCUUCGCGCUGCUGCCGUUCGUGAAGGCCUCGUCGCCCUUCGUCGUCUUCAGCCCCUUCAUGCAGCAGUUGGUCGACUGCUACAUGGACUUGCAGAGGGCCGAUGAGGCCAUCAACAUGCAACUGUCCGAAACGUGGAUGCGACAAUAUCAGGUGCUGCCGUCGCGCACGAGACCGCCGAUGAACAUGAAUGGCGCGUCGGGCUUCUUGCUCACCGGGACCAAGGUCUACAACGAGCCGCCGUCGACAGACGCGACUGACGCCCCCGUCGUGGAGGAACAGGUCGAGGAAAGCGAUGACAACAGCAGCAGUCGAACCUCCGCCUCGCCGCAGAAGAAGAAAGCCCGCACCGAGGAGCCAUCGUCCCAUCGCCGCCAUCGCCGCCAGUUUCGUGAGGCCGCCAUCUCGAGUCACCUGAAGUGCACUCGCCGACGCCCGCCAACCAACGUGGAGUCGGCGAUUGCCGAAUGA